AUGAAGUGUUACCAUCUCUCGAUUUCAAUGAUUUUGGAACAUGUGUCAAAUGCCUUAAAGAAACUCGACAUGAAAACUGUAACUUGCUACUUCAUUGGUUAUCCCUCUCACUCAAAGGGUUACAGAUUUUAUUGUCCUUCCCACGUCACUCGCAUUGUAGAAACCAAAGAUGCUCAUUUCCUUGAAGAUUUUAAGGUCAGUGGGAGCAGUGAAAACCCUUAUGAUGAAUUGCUAGAAGUACAAGACGCGGGGGGGAGAGACUUGUCGAUUACUUUACCUCCAAUUACUCCUCUUGUACUCGAUGCUAAUCCACAGGACACUGCACCACCUCCUACUCCAAAUGUACCUGGAAAUGAAGACACCUCAAAUGAUCACCAUCAAGACAAUGCCACCAAUGCUCAACCCGAAAGUUUGCUCAGGAGGUCAUCUAGGUCUAAAAGGCCUACUAACUUUGAUGAUUAUGUUACCUACCUGACUGAAGCAGAAAUGGAUGCUGGAAAUUUUACCGAUCCUACCUCUUAUAAUGAAGCCAUUAACAGGUAUAUCUUUAUGUUAGCUGGCGGACCUAUCUCGUGGAAGAGUCAUAAGCAAGAGUUGACUGCAACUUCUACAAUGAUGGCAGAAUACAUUGCGGUGUACAACGCAACCUGUCAUGUGAUGUUGCUUAGAAACCUCAUCACUGGACUCAAAGUAGUUAAUUCCAUCUCUCGACCAUUGAAGCUUUAUUGUGAUAACUCAGCCGCCGUUAGUUUCUCGAACAGUAACAGUUCGACUGGCGCUGCUUUAUAUCUUGAUACAAAGUACUUGUUCGUACGGCGCGUCUUCCAAAUCCAACGGUCCCCAUCUCGCCGCGAAAAAGCGUUUGCCUUCGCCGGCACCGGCAACGCAUGGAUGCAAACUAGCCGGGAUUUCCGCCAUCUCCCCAAUUCCACAAUGGAGCACUCACCGCGUCGGCAUCCCAGAGAUCGGAAAUCCAUUAGCUCUGGCGAGGUAUCCGUCGACUUGGCAUCGGAGGCCAAAUCCGAUAGCGGCGAUACCAAUGGAAGCGGAUCCUCCACGCAUAGCGGCACAGGUGUUGAUGUAGCUCAUCCAGUACCCCCAUCGACUAAUCAGCUUAAUAAAACUGAGAAUGGCAGACCACACUCUCUAGCAUUGCUAGCUGCAAAGUUUUUUGAUGAAAAAAUAUCAUUUAGAAAGAAGCACAAAUUGUUAAAAAGAGUUGCCACCAUUCAGGAUGAUGGAACUGUACAAUUUGAGGUUCCUGGAGACAUCAAACCUGAACUCCUUGACUUUGGUAACAACAUUGUUGACAACGGAGCUACAGAGGAAGCUAAUAAUGACGUGGAAGAUAUUCAAAACUUGCCUCCGUUGCAAAUUGUUAUGCUAAUUGUUGGAACCAGAGGAGAUGUACAACCAUUUAUUGCGAUUGGAAAAAAACUACAGGAACAUGGUCAUCGGGUGAGGUUGGCUACUCAUGCCAAUUUUAGAGACUUUGUUUUGGAGUCUGGGUUAGAGUUUUAUCCUCUUGGUGGGGACCCAAAAGUCCUUGCAGCUUAUAUGGUAAAAAACAAAGGAUUUUUGCCAUCUGGGCCUUCUGAGAUACAUAUUCAACGUAAGGAGAUACGAGAUAUAGUUUUCUCCUUACUUCCGGCAUGCAUAGAUCCUGAUCCAGAAUCUAAUCAUCCAUUCAAAGUAGAUGCCAUCAUUGCCAACCCCCCGGCAUAUGGGCAUACCCACGUUGCAAUGGCCCUGAAUGUACCACUGCAUAUAUUCUUCACAAUGCCAUGGACGCCUACUAGUUACUUCCCACAUCCUCUCUCUCGUGUUAAGCAACAAGUUGGAUUCAAAAUAUCCUAUCAAAUUGUUGAUUCAUUAAUCUGGCUUGGCAUACGGGAUGUUAUAAACGAGUUCAGGAGGAAAAAAUUGAAAUUGAGGCGGUUUACAUAUCUUACUGGUUCUUUCAGUUCACCUGAAAUUCCACAUGGAUAUAUAUGGAGUCCACACCUUGUUCCUAAACCCAAAGAUUGGGGUCCCAAAACAGAUGUUGUUGGGUUUUGUUUCCUAGAUCUUGCCUCUAAUUAUGUUCCGCCAGCACCACUUUUGAAAUGGCUUGAAGAUGGCCAAAAGCCCAUCUACAUUGGCUUUGGCAGCCUUCCUGUUCAAGAGCCAGAAAAAAUGACGGAGAUCAUUGUUCAAGCAUUGGAGAUCACAGGACAGAGAGGCAUAAUCAACAAAGGGUGGGGUGGGCUUGGGAACUUAAAGGAGCCGAAGGAUGAUGUGUAUUUGUUGGAUAAUUGCCCGCAUGAUUGGCUGUUUUUGCAAUGUUCUGCCGUGGUGCAUCAUGGGGGUGCCGGAACAACUGCUGCCGGCCUUAGAGCUGCGUGCCCUACAACUGUGGUACCUUUCUUUGGGGACCAACCGUUUUGGGGUGAUCGGGUACAUGCUAGGGGAGUUGGUCCUGCACCUAUUCCUGUAGAUGAGUUUUCACUUGAGAAGCUGGUUGCUGCCAUCAAGUUCAUGCUGGACCCAAAGGUGAAAGAAAGUGCGGUUGAACUGUCAAAAGCCAUGGAAAACGAAGAUGGUGCAACCGGAGCGGUCAAAGCUUUCUAUAAGCAUUAUCCUCGCAAGGAAGUCGAUGAGUCAGAAACUAAAACACCGCAGCGUCGUCCUCACAGUUUGCUCUCUAUAAGACAGUGCUUUACGCCUUCCACGGUUGACUCCUAGUUUUGAAAGUCAAAGAAGAAAGCACAUUCUUUCUCUAUUGCAUCCCAUCUGCUGGCUGAUCAUUCCUUCCCUAUGCAGUUGUGCCAUUCUACAGUACUCUCAGUGUGUAUUCUAAUAAGAUUUCUCUGCAAAAUAUAACAGCUUGGUUCUUGGGAAAUUUCUUACUGUAAUAAAGAAGCUUUUUAGCA